AUGGAGACCAAAACAAUAACCGAUGGCCAGAUCACAGCGUCAACCGAGUACAACGCUGCACACGGCGCCACCAAUGGUAGACUCAAUUUCAAGCCUGGAGAACGAAAGACUGGUGCAUGGUCCGCCCGUCAAAAUGACGUUCAUCAGUGGCUACAAGUGGAUCUUCAAGGCAAAACCGAAGUGACAGGAAUAAAGAUCCAGGGAAGACAAGACGCCGAUCAAUGGGUUACAAGCUUUACUAUUUCCUACAGCAGCGACGGCACCACCUAUACACCUUAUCAGAACAGCAAGGUAUGGAAACCAAUGAAAAUCGUAGCAAGGGAAACUCAAGCAAUUAACUAAUCGAAUCUCGACACGGUAACAUGAAAAUGUGUUAAAACCUCAGACCCGCAUUAGCCUCCACAAGUCACUUACUAGUUUAACCUUAACACUUUAUUUUCCCGUUGCAGGUCUUUAAUGGAAACACGGACCGUAACACCGUGGUGUUGAACGUUUUACACCCUUCCAUAAAUGCACGCUACAUACGGGUGCAUCCUAAGACGUGGCAAGGCCAUAUUUCUAUGAGGAUGGAACUCUUGGGAUGUCCGUCAGGUACCGACAAUAUUGUUCGUUUUCAAGAAAAUGAACAAAAAGCAGGGGCAUUCAACGAGUGUUUUGUGCAAAAUAUUUGUUCGGAGAGGCAAAUAUUGCCUACAAUUUUCUAUUACUUGAGGAAAGCUAAAAAUUUCUAGAUGACCGUUCCGUUGAUGUACAAUUUUCGAACCUUAUCUAAUAAAUCCCUACGAUUGUGUGAAGUUCAAUUUUUCAAAUUGCACUCCCCUUUAAAUGUGAUGGAUGAUGUUAAAAUGCAUCGAAAGUUUUCGGAAAAAUAAUGCUGAAGCCCUUGUAAUUUCGAAACGAUUCAAGUUCCUCUAGGAUGACCGAACAGAUACAAAUUCUAUAGCGCCGCUUAGAAUGCAUCUCUAGAGAUCUAAAAGUACUCUGGAGAGCUAAAAAAGUGUUUCAAUUUAUUAAGGAGGAAACCGUCGUGGAAAGAAAAAGGUUCCUCCGACUUGCACAACAGUGGUAACCGACUGUUUACUCGCAUGCUCACUCAACUGCAGUUCACUUUUCUUACUACAUGUAUCACAAAAUCACAGGCCCAAAAAAGCUGUUUUAGAGUCACGUAAUCAAUUUAAUAGAACGCACUAAUCGUGCAAUAUUCUUUGUAAAGCAUGUUUCAACCCGCUCGGGAUGGAGACCAAGAAAAUAACCGAUGACCAGAUCACAGCGUCAACCGAGUACAACGCUGCACACGGCGCCACCAAUGGUAGACUCAAUUUCAAGCCCGGAGGAGGUAAGACUGGCGCAUGGUCCGCCCUUCAAAAUGACGUUCAUCAGUGGAUACAGGUCGAUCUUGAAGGCAAAACCGAAGUGUCAGGAAUAAAAAUCCAGGGACGACAAGACACCGAUCAAUGGGUUAUGAGCUUUACUAUUUCCUACAGCAGCGACGGCACCACCUAUACACCUUAUCAGAACAGCAAGGUAUGGAAACCAAUGAAGAUUGUGGCAAGAGAAACUCGAGCAAUUAACUAAUCGAAUCUCUUUCGACACCGUAACAUGAAAAUGUCUCAAAACCUCAGACCCGCAUUAGCCUCCACAAGUCACUUACUAGUCUAACUUUAACACUUCAUUUUCCUGCUGCAGGUCUUUAAUGGAAACACGGACCGCAACACCGUUGUUUUGAACGUUUUGCACCUUUCAAUAAAUGCACGCUACAUACGGGUGCAUCCUAAGACGUGGCAUAACCAUAUUUCUAUGAGGAUGGAACUCUUGGGAUGUCCAUCA